CAUACACACACAAAGUCAUGAACAUACACACACAAAGUCAUGAACAUACACACACACACACACUCCGCCACAAACACACUCACUCCAUCAUGAACACACAAGCAGAGUUAGUUUCCAUGUGAGGGGCUUUGGGGCCAGCUGGGCCCAGGAUUGAGAUGUAGUAGAGAGGCUGUUAAGGGGCUUUUAGGUGCUGUACCUUUUCCUUGGCAGCACUGAGUAGCAAAUAUGUAGCUUUGUAGUUUAGCCUCCCCCUGUGUUCCCAGAGAGAGAUUCCAAGAAAUUCCACUUCAUCUUUUCAGGGCUUUGUCUGACUGACCUGAUCGUGAUGGGAGUCUGGAUGGUGACUCAUUCAACACUUAAUACACACACAGUCCGCUUAUUCAAGACUCAUAUUAUACCCUCCAAUUCUCCGACUUUCCCUGGCUCUGAUGGACUGGUAGAUGUCCUGACGUCACCACUACCGAGGAUUUAUCUGGGCUCAAAGUCCUUUGUUUCACACCAACUUAAAACCCUCAGAGGAUGGAUUGUUCUGCUUUGUUUAUUUCUCUGCCUCCCCUCGUGUGUGUGUGUGUGUGUGUGUGUGUGUGUGUGUGUGUAUGUGUGUGUGUGAGAGAGAUGGCGAUUAACCUACCACAGAUUGGAGUGACUCGCACUCGCAGCAGCACCCCACACUGGUUAAGAGUGAGUCGUUGUGAGUAUCUCUGUGUAAAAAUAGUCAUGAUUACAAGGACUGUGUUGUCUUCUGUGUGUGACUCUCUCUCUCUCUGUGGGCCUCCAGUGACUGGACUUGGAAGUCCCUACCCUAGAGACUUAACCCUGGCACACACACAUGGUGUAUGAUAGUCUAAUGCAGGUGGUUGUAAGAGGAGUCAGGGAUAGCCCCACUGCCUCUCAGCCAGGCUCUUUCUUUCCCUUUCAGAACUAUGCGUCUUGGAUUAAGAGCAAGGGAUCCCUGCACUGGCAAAAGCUGUGUGUGCGCGCGUGUGUAUGUGUGUGUGUGUGUGCGUGCUCGCACGCGUGUGUGUCUCUAAUCAAGGCUAAGUAGAAUGUGGCCUUGGGGAAGCCUAGCUUUGUCCAGUGUGUAUCCGUGCCCGGCCUCUCCAGGAUGCUGAGUUGGAACUGGGAGUGAGCUGGACGUCUAUGGACAGCAGAGCUGGUUGCUGGUCCCGGCAGCACCCAACUUCACCCCAGUCUGGUACAGGUUGUGUCAACACUGGUGUUUGCCAUAGAAGGCAGUGGAGCCAGUCCAAGUGUCUAACCCUACAGCGGCGCCCCCUGGCCCCGGCCACACCUCUCCCUCUCCGUCUCUCUCUAUGAUAUCCCUCAUCCCCUGAUGGGCACCUCAUCACACCGUGCCACAAGUCCACCGUCGUCGCUAACAACCACACCACGCCACUAACCACCGGCCAUCGCCAUGGAGAUGAAACAGUCAAUGAUGAUGGACAGAGAGAACGAAGGAGGGGAGAAAGAGAAAGGGGAGGAGCAAUCGCAGGAGAACGGCAGACUCAUGCUGGCUGACGGAGGGGUGGCAGAGAAGGGGGACCCCAAAGUGAACUCUGGUGGGGGGUCAGGAGGGGUGUCCAACGGGUACCCCACGUCCACAGCACCGAGCCCCAAGGAGGGAGCGGGGGGUGUACCCGCAGGGGCCCUGAGGACUCUGGUGGUCCAGCAGACCAGUCUGGACCAGCCCCGGGAGACCUGGAGCAAGAAGAUGGACUUUCUGUUGUCUGUGAUUGGCUACGCCGUGGACCUGGGAAAUGUGUGGCGCUUCCCCUACAUCUGCUACCAAAACGGCGGAGGUGCCUUCCUGCUGCCCUACAUGUUGAUGGCGGUAUUCGGUGGCGUGCCUCUGUUCUACAUGGAGCUGGCACUGGGGCAGUUCCACCGUAGCGGCUGCAUCUCCAUCUGGAAACACAUCUGCCCCAUCUUCAAGGGUAUCGGCUUCGCCAUCUGCAUCAUAGCGCUGUACAUUGCGUUCUACUACAACACCAUCAUGGCGUGGGCCCUGUACUACCUGCUGGCGUCGUUCCGGCCCACCCUGCCCUGGACCACGUGCUCCAACCCCUGGAACACGGUCAACUGUCUCCGCUACCUGUCCACCGACAGCAACGUCACCUGGACCAACACGUCCACCUCGCCCGCCGAGGAGUUCUAUACGCGUCAGGUACUGCAGGUACACCUGUCCCCAGGUCUGCACCAGCUCGGCAGUGUGAGUUGGCAGCUGGCUCUCUGCCUCCUGUUCAUCUUCACCAUCGUCUACUUCAGCAUCUGGAAGGGAGUCAAGACCUCUGGCAAGGUGGUGUGGGUGACAGCCACCUUCCCCUACCUUGUCCUGCUGGUGCUGCUCGUUCGUGGGGCCACUCUGCCCGGAGCCUGGAGGGGCGUGGUCUUCUACCUCAAACCUGAUUGGGGGAAACUACUCAGCACCACAGUAUGGAUUGAUGCUGCAGCUCAGAUCUUCUUCUCUCUGGGGCCAGGUUUCGGGGUUCUCCUGGCCUUUGCCAGCUACAACCCCUUUCACAACAACUGUUACAAGGAUGCGUUGCUGACCAGCUCUGUGAACUGCCUGACCAGUUUCCUCUCUGGGUUUGUCAUCUUUACCGUGCUCGGCUACAUGGCUGAGAUGCGCAAAAUAGGUGUGGAGACCGUAGCCAAGGAUGCUGGUCCCAGUCUGCUGUUCAUCAUCUAUGCUGAAGCCAUCGCCAACAUGCCCGCUGCCACCUUCUUCGCCAUUAUCUUCUUCCUCAUGAUCAUCAUGCUGGGGCUGGACAGCACGUUUGCCGGUCUGGAGGGGGUGAUCACAGCCAUGCUGGAUGAGUUCCCCCAGUUGUUGUCUAGGAGGAGGGAGUGGUUUGUCCUGGGCCUGGUGUGUGUCUGUUACCUGGGAGCGCUCUCCACCCUCACCUACGGAGGUGCGUUUGUGGUGAAACUGUUUGAGGAGUACGCCACGGGACCUGCUGUCAUCACUGUGGUCUUCCUAGAAGUCAUCGCCGUUUCCUGGUUCUACGGCACGAGUCGUUUCUGUGCUGAUGUCCAUAUGAUGCUGGGCUUCUCUCCUGGAUUGUUCUGGAGGGUGUGCUGGGUGGCCAUCUGCCCAAUAUUCCUACUGUUCAUCAUUGUCAGUUUCCUGGCGUUCCCCCCGGAGGUCAAGUUGUUUGACUACGUCUACCCACCUUGGACAACAGUUCUGGGCUACUGCAUCGGAGUGUCCUCCUUCAUCUGUGUACCAGCCUACAUGGUGUACCACCUGCUCACUGCCAAAGGGACCUUUAAACAGCGUCUCCUGAAGGGCAUCACCCCUGUACCCAGUGGGCCUCACAGUGACAUUAUCAUCACCCACGCCGUCUGACCCAGUGGUCUGACCAGGCCCGGUGGACUACACCCCCCUCUGCUGGACAUAGAGCACAACUGCAGGAUGGGGAGGGUUCGUCCCUUCCCCCGCUUCUCCUCCAGAACACCCACAGCAGACUUCAGCACUAAGGCACCCCGUCCAUCCCACUGACCCCAGGGAUGAGGUGGAGUGCCGGGCCACACUGUCUGCAGCAUCCCACCCCUCAUCCCGUCAUCUCCCUCCUGGCUCAUUCUGUUAGCUAAACCGUUAGCGGCUAAUGGCGUCACUGUUUUCAUGCUGGCCCACGCUGGUCAGAGCAUUUCAACCACCCGACAGAGGGUUUUAGAUGCCACAGCACAAUGACAUGUGUACUGUUACAAUUGGAAUCCAUCCAUUCAGUAUGAUUCAUAAACAUACACACGCACUCUUCCUUGUCUCUGUUCUGUCAGGUCCACUUUUAUAUCACAAACAAACGUCUCACGGCUUCAUUUGACCUUCGAUCCUUGUUUCAUGAGUUCUGCUUUCAGAUAUUUAGCCGGACAUUGAUUGCAAAAUCCAGGAAUCUUUUUACAUGUCUAAAUGAAGCCAAAUGUUCCAUCGGUAUUUCUACAGGUAUUUCCAGAUGUGAGCUGUUGUCAUGUUUUAGAAUGACUUGGUGGGAGCUUGUCAGUGUUUCUGAAUGGGAAUGGGAUGGCUGAACCUAUGAAAGGCCUUGAUGUGUGUCAGAGCGUCUCCACACGGUGAAACGCUGUAUGUUGGUGUAGUAUGACGCACUGCAGUACUGAUUAUGCUCUGUAAGCAUAUCCAGGUUGUUGGGGAACAUAGAGACAAGUUCAGAAGAGAACACAGGGCUUUGUCCAGUCGUAUGUGGGGGGAUUCUUGAGUUGCAGUAUGGAAGGCUCUGGUUUGUGUGUGUGUUGGCAUGUUGAGUGUGUGUGUGUGUGUGUGUGUGUGUGUGUGUGUGUGUGUGUGUGUGUGUGUGUGUGCGUGUGUGUGUCAGAAAAAAUUGGAAGGAACGUGGGGAGAAGCUACCCUGUGCAGAUUAGAAGGAGUCGUGGGUUAUAUUAUUGCAAUAUACAUAUAUAUAUUUAUUUUAAAUAAUAAUUAUUGCUGUCAAAUCUAUGUAUGCUUUCAUGUAAUUUACCAAAAACUGACAUGCUGAUUUAGUCUCUUAAUAUGUAAAACACCAUUUACAUGUGAAUUACUUAUAGUGGGAACCAAAUGUCGAUCACAACUAUUUUCAUCUCCAUCGCUCAGUCCUCAAGGUUGCGUCUGAAACAGGUAUCUGUCUUUACUCUCUACCAAAUCAUCUGUUGUGUGUUGGACUGGGAGUAAAAAUAUGGCAUGUACGUGUGUAUUAGUCUUGGUAUCGGUAUAUGUCUCUUUGUUCUGUGAAUACCUGUCUACUCUCUUGGAUGCAUUACUGUAUGUUUUUGCGUGCCUCAGACCUGGGUUCAAAUACUAUCUUUCAAAUACUUUGUGUUUUCUUUAGCCUGCCUAGGGCCAGAUGGGCGGGGUUUGUUUUAGCCUGUCUAGGGCCAGAUGGGCGGGGUUUGUUUUAGCCUGCCUAGUGCCAGAUGGGCGGGGUUUGGCCUGCCUAGGGCCAGAUGGGCGGGGUUUGUUUUAGCCUGCCUAGUGCCAGAUGGGCGGGGUUUGUUUUAGCCUGCCUAGUGCCAGAUGGGCGGGGUUUGCAGGUUUGCGACUGUUCUAUUUGUUCCAUUGAACCAGGCAAUCAAAUCUGAAGUAUUUGAAAGGAUUUCAAAUAGUAUUUUAACUCAGGAUUGGUGUACGUGUGAGCGUGUGCGUGUGUAUAUUAUGAAUGGAAGUAGCCGUGUCGGACUUUGUGAGUGUGUGCAUGUCAAUGUGUGUAACCUGUGCUUCAACUUGUGUCUGUGAAGUGACCUUCUCUCGUCUUGUACUUCGCCAAAAUAUCCCAUGAAGAUGAUGUUAAAAUCCCUCCCUUGUACCUCUCGAGCCUACAUAAUGUAUGAUCUAUAUGCGUCUGUAAAAGAUUGUAUUGAGAAAUAAACCUGUAUAGAAGAAAGAUAUAAAUAUAUAUGAAUUAAUAGAUAAAUAAAGUUCAGAUGUAAAUGAGUA